GUUUCAACUCGGAGUGCAUUCAAGCGUGUCAUAGAAACAAGAUCUGCAAAUAUGAACGGUCUGAUUAAUGGUUGCCAAUGUUAAUAAAAUGCUAAUUUAGCUAUUGAAACAUUAAGUCUAACUUCUGACUCACGAUGCCUGGAUAUUUCACUUGGCUGUGUUUCUUUGCUGUGUUUGUGAGAGAAACUGAAGUCAAAGAAGUGCAGACGGGUUUAUACAGUCGUGUUGAGCUGACUGGAGAGGAACUUGAUCAACAUACUGUUGAUUCUCUGCGCUCGGUGGAAUGGACAAAACUAAUUGGAUCAGUAACAUGUCUAUGUUUUAGGAAAAACACCACAUUCAGUGCUGAAUACAGUCAAUGCUGUGGCACAGCUCAUUUCUAUUUCAACAAUAACAGCCUCAUUCUGGAGAACGUGACAGCAAAGGAUGAAGGAAAUUACACUGAAACAAUAGUUAGAGGAAACGGCACUAAAAUAUCUCAAAACUUCACAUUAAUAAUUCAGUACCCUCUAAGUGCAACAGAAAUUGUGGUCUCUUGGACCUCCAACACAUCUGUGACUCUCAAAUGUGAAGUGAGUGGCGUCUUUCUGCAUCUGAUGUGGAAGAGAGAAGGAUUGCCUGUUCUAGAGAAACACAGACACUCAUUCAGUGAGAGAAACCAGACUCUACACAUCAGCAACAUAACCAGCUCUGAUUAUGGGACGUACAGCUGUAUUGCUUCAAAUGCAUAUGGAGAAUCAGAACAACACACAUAUAUUACCGGUGAGAACUCAACUGUUAACCGAGGAAAUGGCGCUGGUGGUAAAACUCAGUCUGAUCAGAUUGUGCUUUCAAGUGGACUCACACUCACAGGAGUUUUGGGACUGUGCAUCGUGUUCUUCUGCCUUUACAAAAACCAUCAGUGUAAGAUUUGCUUCCAAAUACAUGUUCAUAAAUGUUGCUUUAGUAAACCAAUUGUUUAUGAAACCCACAUCCUUCAUGAUUUAGAUUUAUUAUGUGACUCAGAUCAAGAAACUCAACACAACGAAGUACCCGCCACUGAAGAGGUGACUCGCUUACCGUACGUCUACACAGACUUCAUUAAGCCGAAAGAGAGCGGUCAGGCCUCAGCAGCAGCGCAACACUUUGAGGACUUUGGUUACUCUGAGGUCGGACCCACAUGCAGGGAAGAAACAGUCUUUCUAUAUGAACGUGUCUCUAGUGAACAGUCCACAGUGUGUCCUGAUGCUGAAGAGGAAUAA